CGAUUCCCAUCCCUUAAGUGAAACCCGGUAAAAAUCUCUUUACAUUUCAAAAUUUCCCAGUCAAAUAUUACAUAAAUCAGGUUUUUGCUAAUUUGAAAAUUUGGAAAUCUCAGAAUAUUCUGGAGACCAUAUGCGCAUCGUAAACCCCAUUAAUCGAAUGUCUACUAGUGAUGGUGACCACUCUUUUGAUGUAAAGGAGCUAUUGGAGAUAAAGGCAAGAUGUAAAGAGCUUAGGAAAGAAAAAGAUACGCUGAGGGGUUCACAGGGUCAGAGCUUUGAACUGAUCAGAAAACUAGAACAGCAUGGGCAGACGUUAUCUGAGGCCCGAGAAGAAGACAAAAAUCACAUCCAGAAGCUGAAAAGUGAGCUGGAGAACUGUUCCCAAGAGAUAGAUUACCUGCAGGAUCAGCUGAAUUUGAGGAAUGAAGAGAUGGAUUCUCUAAGUAAGUGUGUAUGCAGCCUUCAGUUGAAACUUGCGAACUUUGAAAAUAUGGAAAAAGAGGUUACAAGGUUAAGGGAAGAGUUGGAAACGUCCAAUGUUGAACGCUUGUAUUUGUUGCAGCAGUUGGGAAACAAAGAGUUAGAGAUAGAGGGCUCAGCUUUGUGCAUAGAGAGACUAGAGGAGUCAAUAGCAUCUGUAGGUCUAGAGCAUCAAUUUGAAAUAGAGAGUAUGAAGCUUGAUUUGAUUGCCUCGGAGCAGAAUUAUUUCGAAGCUAAGAAAUCCCAGGAUGAAACAGAUCAAGAUAAUGCUAUGAUGAAUGAGCUUAUUCAUGACCUCGAACUUCGAAUCUAUGAUGCAGAGAAAGUUAUUGAAAGUGUAGAAAAGGAAAAUGAAAAUCUUAGGGAACAACUCCAGGCUUCUGAAUUGAAUGCCAAAACAUUUUCUGUAAAAGUAGAGGAGCUAUUUCGUGGUUGGCUAGCGAACAAUGAUGACAGUUCCCCAAGUAAAGAAGAUGACAGUGCUUCAAGCUGCUGUGGUGACAUUUUGGGCCCACUCCUUAUCAGACUGGCUACUAUAGGGCCAUCAUCAGAUGUCGACUUGACUGACAAGAUGAGGGAAAUGGCAGGUCAAAUCAAGAAUUAUGAAUCACUUGUAAAGCACCUUAAGGACGAGCUGAGAAUGGAAAAGCUAAAAGCCAAAGAAGAAGCAGAGGAUUUAGCUCAAGAAAUGGCUGAGCUGCGAUAUCAGAUGACUGGGUUGCUUGAAGAAGAACGAAAACGUCGUGCAUGUGUUGAACAAUUAUCUUUACAAAGAAUAGCUGAGCUAGAAGCACAGGUUGAAAAGGAAAGGACGAAAUCCUUCACUGAAGAAGAUCAAAGUAAAUCUGUCACCAUUUUCAGACAUGUCAGAUAAACAUAAAGACAGGUCAAAUGUUGUCAUUUCGAGCAUGUCUGCUGGUGGAGUGUGUGUUUAAGGUCUGGUAUCUAUCUUGACUUGUAUUUCUUUUGAGGUGUGUACUGAACGAAACUUAAUUUGAUUAAGAGAACGAGCUGUGCAGCACUGCCAAAGGAUUCCGAUCGGUAGUUGUAUUAUCACCUUAUCAAAUGGUGAGAUGGUGGAAAAGUCCAGUUUGCUUCAUUGUUUCCGGAAUGAGUAUAAAUGCAUUAGAAUGAGCUUUCUAUUUGCAAAAAGACUGGCAACUCUUAAUGGAAUCAAUGUUGGCUUUCAUGUGCUUGACAACUUGCUGGUUCCCAUUAGCUGCUCUCCUGCCUUUGUGGAUAUGAUUCCAGAUGAAGGGCUGGGUUAUCAGGAUUGCACAGUUUAGUUGGAUGAUGAUGCUUUUACAUACCGGCUCAUGCGGUACAGUUUUUUUUUUUUUUUUUUUUUUUUUUUUUUUUUUUUUGGGUGUACCAUGGAAGUAUUCGUGGAAAUGUAAUUUAUGCUUUUGCUUGAAAUUAUUGGGUGUGGAGUGUGGACACAGUUUGUGAUUAGUGUCCGGGAAGGUGCUGGCAGUUGCAGACUGGAACGUCCUCUACUAAGGGUGCCGUCUGAAAUUGUACAUUUUUUGAGUGAGAUCUUUGUACUACUAGUGUUCCCUAUUUGUUCUCCAUCCGAAAUCAAAUGAAACGGUCAAUAUCUAUU